GGGAAAGACUCCAACGAUAGAUCUUCGGUCUGAUUCUCAGCAAGGAUGCGCAUGGACCUAGGAGUCUCCAGACGCGCAGCAGAGGAUUUUGCGCACUGAAAUCGAGUAGAGCUGAAGUGAGCGCACAGCGAGCAAACUGCUGUCUGACUGACCGCGGCUCCAUCGCUGGGAUACGGGCUCAUUUGCUUUUGCUGUGUGAGAACAUUGUCAAUGCUUUAACACAACUGCUCGGGAUUGAAUAGGGGGGGACAUAGUUAUCACUUUAUUUCGCUUUGGUUUGAGUCGCAACUUACAAGAAGAAGUCUUUUUUGUUUUUAACGGAGUCACUGAAUGUAGCCGUUUCACGUUGUUUGUAAAGAUCUCCAAAGUGUCCCAUCUACUCGGGGAGAAUUCAAACAACAUUCCAGAAGACCUUUUGAGAGGAUCUUCUUUUAAAUGAUUUUCCAAAGUGGGUUGAACAAGGAUGAUCCCAACCGCCUUAACUGACCAACUGAGGUAUUACAUUUGAAAAGCGGUGAUCCCAGCAAUGCUUCAGCGGCAUCUUCGUCCGUCCCUCUCCAAAUCUCGCAGAGAGGAUUUAAGCGCUGCUCUUUUUGAAUAAGUCGACAAGUCACUGAAGAUGAGAGCUGUGCAAACAUUCCUGUUUCUUUUCGUCCUGCACCAGGUCACAUGCAGGAAAGCACAGGGAGGAGCCUCAGAGCUUAUUGAGUGGGGAGACAGCGAUAAUGUGCAGAAGAUUUCUCCCACAGGGGCCAGUCCACGAAUCCUCAAUCCUCUGCGUUUGUUUGCCAAGGGCUCCCCUGGGUUCAAAAGCAACAUGAGGGAAAUCACAUAUUUACAGAACAUGGAGGACUUCUGGGACUGGUUAUCUAACCAGACAGAUGUUCAGGGUGCACAGGCUAGAACUAAACGCAGGCCCAUCGUCAAGACCGGCAAGUUCAAAAAGAUGUUUGGGUGGGGGGAUUUCCACUCAAACAUCAAGACUAUAAAACUCAACCUGCUGAUUACAGGGAAGAUCGUGGACCAUGGGAAUGGGACUUUUAGCGUUUACUUUCGCCACAACUCCACUGGCUUGGGGAAUGUGUCAGUCAGCCUGGUGCCGCCAUCAAAGGUUGUGGAGUUUGAGAUUGCCCAGCAGUCCACGCUGGAGACAAAAGACACCAAAUCAUUCAACUGUCGCAUUGAGUAUGAGAAGACGGACCGCAAUAAGAAGACUGCCCUGUGCCGCUUUGACUCAUCCAACGUGUGCUAUGAGGAGCAGACACAGAGCCAUGUGUCCUGGUUGUGCUCAAAACCCUUCAAAGUCAUAUGCAUCUAUAUAGCCUUUUACAGUGUAGACUAUAAAUUGGUGCAGAAGGUAUGCCCUGACUACAACUACCAUAGUGACACACCUUACUCCUCCACAGGAUGAUCUAGCUGUUGUAAGUGUGCAUUCACUUUUAGUUUAAUUCAAAUAUGUCAAUGUCAACCUUUAAUCUCUUUGUCCCAAAACAUCUAAAUAAGUGAGACAUGCUCUGGAGAGAUUUGGAUGCAUUGUUACAAAGUUUUGAACAUACUGCAGACAGAUAUACAGAUUUAACCCUUGGGAUAGUUAGGUGUUGAGGGACUUGGUUUUAGGGGUUGACUUGGGAUUCAGAGAUUGCUACCAACCCUGGAUGACUCCUCCACAUCACAACACCACAUGUUCUCCUUAAACCACUGGUGUAAUUAGCAUGUUGUCCAGAUGUUUUCUCCAAGGCUAGACCAUAGGCAAGCUGUCUCCCAAUUGGAAGAGAACAUAAUUGGCUUCUACUUUUUCAAACAAUUUCCUCAGCUCAUUUAAAAAGUCAGUUAUGGGAUAAAAUAUGACAAGACUUGAAAUCAUGACAAUAGUUACAAUACAAACACAUAACAAUUGUUGUUCACUUUGGUGUUGAAAUUAUAUAUAACCCCUUGAAGUGUUGCUACAUUUUCACUUACGGAUCAAAAGAAUCUCUUCAUUGCUUUUGAAAUAAAUUAACAUCCAUUUGUACAGACAUAGGCAGGAGAGCUUUUUGAGGUUAGUCUCAUCAAUGCCCCCCCC